AUGUCUGCCUUCUAUUUGCCGCCCUAUCUUUCUGCCAUUAUUCCUACCUCCUUUUCUACCUUCCUUAUUUCUUAUCUGCGAUAUUGGACCAUAACACUUAUCUGCGUUCCUUCUUUCUACCAUCGUAUCUUUCCACCAUUAUGCCUGCCUUCCUUUCUAACUUAUUUCUUAUCUGUGUGCCUUCUUCUGCUAACCUAUCUUUCUACCAACAUUUCUAUCUUCCUUUCUAACUUCAUUCCUUCAUUUCUCCGUGUCUCCUUUCUGCCACCCUUUCUACCCACCUGCCUUCCUUUCUUCCUUUCUACCUUCCUUCCUUCCUUCUUAUCUGCCUGCCUUCUUUCUGCUACCUUACCAUUCUACCAUACUUUCUUCCUUUCUACCAUCCUUCCUUUUUAUCUGACUGCCUUCUUUCUACCACCCUACCUUUCUACCAUCCUUCCUGCCUUCCUUUCUAACUUCCUUUCUACCAUCCUUCCUGCCUUCCUUUCUAACUUCCUUUCUACCAUCCUUCCUGCCUUCUUUCUGACACCAUACCUUUCUACCAUCCUUCCUGCCUAUCUUUCUUCCUUUUACCUUCCUUCCUUCUCAUCUGCCUUCCUUCUUUCUGCCACCCUACCUUUCUACCAUCCUUCCUCUUUUCUUUCCUUCCAUUCUACUUUCCUUCCUUCUUAUUUGCCUGUCUUCUUCCUGCCACCCUACAUAUCUACCAUCCUUCCUUGUUUUCUUCCUUCCUUUGUACCUUCCUUCUUUCUUCUAUGCCUGCCUUCUUUCUACCAUCCUACCAUUAUAUACCCUCCCUGUCUUUCUUCCUUCCUUUCUAACUUGUUUCCUUCUUAUCUGCCUACCUUCUUUCUGCCAUCCUACAUUUAUAACAUCCUUCUUGUCUUCAUUCCUUUCUACCUUCCUUCCUUAUCUGCCUGUCUUCUUUCUGUCACCCUAUCUUUCUACCACCCUUCCUAUCUUCCUUUCUACUUUCCUUCCUUCCUUAUCUGCCUGACUUCUUUCUGCCGCAGUAGAUUUCUACCACCCUUCCUGCCUUCCUUUCUACCUGCCUGCCAUCCAUCCUUACAUCGUUCUUGCCUGCAUGCUUUCAUUCUUGCAUUUUUCUUUCUUUCUUUCUUUCUUUCUUUCUUUCUUCCUCUCUACUUGUCAUUCUUUCUUCCUUCUUGUCUACCUUCAUCAUUUCUUUCUUUCUGCCUUUCUUCUUUCCUUCUUUCUGCCUGCUUUCUGUCACUCUACUUUUCUACUAUCCUUCCUUCCCUUCUUUUUUUCAUGCCUGCCAUCCAUCCUUACUUCCUUCGUGCCUGCAUGCUUUCAUUCCUCCUUUCUUUCCUUCCUUCCUUCUUGACUCCCUUCUUGGCUGUCUGUCUGUCUUGCUUCUCUGUCAUUCAUUUUUAG